CACUCGUGGUCCGUCGUCGGAAGUGACGCUAUAUUUGCCGUUUUGUACAUCGUUUCCCCAUCUCUCGCGGCGAUGGGAGACGACGGCGGCCAUGCGUCGGCGGGGAGGUGGGGCUUCGGGGCCAACGCCCUACUAGCUGGUAUUUCUGCCUCCAGCAUCCGCGCCGUCCUCAACGUAGUGAUGUCCGAAGUACGGGAGGAUGGACCCCUCCCGGUCCUCCCCCUAGCCCAUGGCGACCCCGCAUGUUUUUCCUGCUUCCGCACCACCUCCGUCGCCGAGGAGGCCAUCGUGGACGCCGUCCGAUCCGGCAACUUCAAUAGCUACGCCUCCACCCAGGGGAUUGUUCCCGCAAGAUGUGCUAUUGCGAAGUACCUUUCCCGGGAUCUUCCACACAAGUUGUCCCCGGAUGACAUCUUCGUCACCGCCGGCUGCGCGCAGGCAAUCGAGAUAGUGAUCUCCGCUCUCGCCAGCCCUGGGGCGAAUAUACUGCUACCUAGGCCUGGGUACCCCUUUUACGAGGCUCGAUCGGCAUUUAGUGGCUUGGAGGCUCGUCAUUUUGACCUUUUGCCGGACAAGGGCUGGGAGAUUGAUCUUGAAGCUGUGGAAGCCCUAGCAGACGAGAACACUGUUGCUAUAGUCCUCGUCAACCCUAGUAACCCCUGUGGGAAUGUUUUCUCCCAUCAGCACUUGGCAAAGGUAGCCGAGACAGCAAAGAAACUUGGCAUAUUGGUUAUAGCUGAUGAAGUGUAUGGUCAUUUGACCUUUGGGAAUGUCCCUUUCACUCCCAUGGCUGUCUUUGGGAAGAUUGUUCCAGUCCUUACUUUGGGGUCUAUAUCCAAGAGAUGGGUGGUGCCUGGUUGGCGUCUUGGUUGGAUUGCAAAAUGCGGUCCGGAUGGUGUUUUUGAACAGAAUAAGUUCGAUGACAAUGUUAGAGUUCUGUUGAACAUCACCACAGAUCCAGCAACGUUUAUUCAGAGCGCGAUUCCUACUAUCCUUGAGAAUACAGAGAAUGAAUUCUUUCAGAAAACGGUUGAUAUAUUGAAGAAAGCAGCAGAUAUAUGUUAUGACAAAUUGAAGGAAAUUGAUUGCAUCACAUGCCCUCACAAACCAGAAGGCUCAAUGUUUGUAAUGGUUAAGUUGAAUGUAUCCCAUUUGGAGGAUAUCCAUGAUGACACUGAGUUCUGUAGCAUGCUUGCCAAAGAGGAGUCAGUCAUAGUACUGCCUGGAGUAUCACUGGGCUUGAAGAACUGGCUGCGUGUGACCUUCGCCAUAGAGCCAUCUUCUCUCGAAGAGGCUCUUGGAAGGCUCAAAUCCUUCUGCAACAGGCAUGCUAAGCAAAGCAAAUGAGUUUCUAGUUUACUUGGAUCGCAAUCUCUGACUCUACAUUCGACAAAAUUUAGUAACAAGGUAGCUUGAGCACGCAAAAUUUAUCUGCAAAUUUAUCUUCAUUUGGCGUUCAAUUUAGGACUCAAUAGUCAACUCUUCUGUUGGCUGUAGUACUCAAUUGCUACUUGGAAGUUUUUAUGAUAAGAAUAAUAAAACGUUGUGUGA